CAUUAAUGAGGAAGGAGGUCACUUGUAGAAACCAGUAGCGGUAGUUGAAAUUGUGCAUUCUGCUUAGGGAACCUGUGUUGAUCUCUUUCAUUCCUUCCUCAAACCAUAUACUCGAAUACCGUCAACCAUGUCUCGUUAUCCUGAUCAUCUUACGGCAAAUUCAUCGCCCUCAAAGCCUACGAAGGCUCAGAAAUCUCGCGCUCGACGCGAACCCUCGGGAGUCUUCUCGCUCUUCCAACAGCCGCAGAUUCAACAGUUCAAGGAGGCAUUCUCUCUCAUCGACCAGAACAGAGAUGGAGUCGUAGACGAGGCCGACUUAAAAGAGAUAUUUGCGAGUCUUGGUAUCACGCCUUCAAAGCGUAUGUUGGACGACCUACUUUCCUCACGACCUGGCGGACACGAUCGCAUGGGUUCUUCCUCUUCACUUGACGACUCCGCCGACCGUGGAAUCAACUUCACCAUGUUUCUCACUAUGAUGAGCGAACACCUUAUCGACUUCGACACAGAGACGGAGUUGAUUGACGCGUUUGCCUGUUUUGACGAAGGCGACACUGGUAUGGUCAAGGGGGAUGAGAUUCGGAAAUGGCUAAGCGAUACCGGGGAUAGGAUGGAUCAGAAGGAGAUCGACAGAUUCCUGAAAGGGGCGUUCACUGACCGCCAAGGGAAUUUCAACUACAAAGAAUGGGCGAAGGUCGUCCGAGUCAACGAUGAUGGCGACAAUCCGGAAGCUGUAGCAUAAAGACGUCUCGCGCACACCACAGUAUUUGUAUAACAUUCAUGAUUUCACGACCUAUACCUAUAGCAGCACACUGUCUCAUCUAGCUCGUUGCUGAGGGGCUCACGCUUCAGAUACUUUACAUGUACAAUGAUAAUGAUACAGUUGUUGACGCCUCCG